AUGGUCCAGGUGAAGAUGAAGAAUAGUUCUAUACUAAAUGAGUUUAUUUUAUUGGGACUCACCAAUUCUUGGGAACUUGAACUUUUCUUUUUUGUGAUCUUCUUCCUGGCCUAUACCUCAAUUAUGGUUGGAAACAGUCUAAUUAUACUGAUGGUGACCUUUGACUCUCACUUGCACUCUACUCCCAUGUAUUUCCUCCUGGCCAACCUCUCCUUUCUUGACAUGACCCUUUCCACUGUUACUGUUCCCAAGAUGAUCGCAGACUUUUUCAGGGAGAAGAAAACCAUCUCAUUAUGGGGUUGUAUGGCACAGAUGUUUUUAGUUCACCUCUUAGGAGGCAGUGAGAUGAGUCUACUUGUAGUGAUGGCUAUUGAUCGAUAUGUUGCAAUAUGUAAACCCCUCCAUUACACCACAAUUAUGAACCGACGAAUUCUGUUAGAAAGUGUGUUUCUCUCUUGGAUUGUUGGCUUUGUGCACACCAUGAGCCAAAUGGCUUUUGUGGUGAACCUGCCUUUCUGUGGUCCUAAUGUGAUUGAUGAUGUUUUUUGUGACCUUCCACUGGUGAUGAGCCUUGCUUGUACUGACACCUAUAUCUUGGACCUCCUUGUAAUUGCUGAUAGUGGACUUCUCUCAUUGAUCUGUUUUAUUCUCUUGCUUGUCUCCUAUUCUAUCAUCUUGCUCACUGUCCACCGUCGCUCUUCUGGAGGGCUGUCUAAGGCUCUGUCUACACUGUCUGCUCAUAUCACAGUUGUUACUCUCUUCUUUGGACCCAUUAUCUUAAUAUAUGCCUGGCCAGUUAGUAGUUAUGCAUUGGACAAAUUCCUCUCAGUGUUUUUCUCUGUUAUUACUCCUCUCCUGAACCCAAUUAUUUAUAGUUUAAGGAACCAGGAGAUGAAGACAGCCAUGAUUAGACUGAGAAACCAGCACAUCAGUUCCAGGCCAAUUUUCUAG